UUCUUGACCUAACCAGCUAUCCGUAGCCGGUGAUAUGACGUGUCUGUGAACCGAGGGACGCUCGGAUUUCAGCAGCACAGAAAUGUCUGCCGACUGGGAGGAAAUACGGCGGCUGGCAGCCGACUUCCAGCGAGCUCAGCUCAGCGACACUGUGCAGAGGUUAUCGGAACGUAACUGCAUAGAGAUUGUUGCGAAGCUGAUCGCUGAGAAGCAGUUGGAUGUAGUGCACACUCUUGAUGGGAAAGAAUAUAUCACCCCUGCACAGAUUUCUAAAGAAAUAAGGGAUGAGCUUCAGGUUCGAGGGGGAAGAGUGAACGUAGUUGAACUGCAGCAGGUGGUGAAUGUUGACCUGACUCACAUUGAAAGCAGAGCAAAUGAUCUUGUGAGGUCAGAAAAAUUUUUACAGUUGGUACUCGGGCAGCUUGUGGAUGACAACUAUCUGGACCAAAUAGCAGAAGAAGUUAAUGAUAAAUUGCAGGAAGCCGGCCAAGUGACUAUAUCAGAACUGUGCAAGACGUACGACCUUCCAGGCGACUUCCUGACAGAGACACUAUCAAGGAGGCUUGGCAGUAUUGUUCAAGGGAAAAUUGACCAAAGCAACAAGGGUGUGAUUUACACAGAGGCAUUUGUAUCUCGACACAGGGCACGUAUACGUGGUCUUUUUACAGCUAUUACAAGACCCACUCCAGUGAUCACUUUGAUUACCCAGCAUGGCUUUCAGGAGCAUCUUCUAUACUCUCUGUUGGAGGAGCUUGUUAACUGUGGACGUUUAAAGGGCACCGUGGUCGGCGGGAGACAGGAUAAGGCUGUGUUUAUUCCCGACAUCUAUGCCAGAACACAGAGCAAUUGGAUAGACGCAUUUUUCAAGCAAAACGGUUACCUAGAAUUUGACUCCUUAUCCAGGCUUGGAAUCCCUGACCCCUUGAGUUAUGUCAGGAAACGCUAUAAGUCCACCCAGUUAAUAUUUCUGAAAUCAGUGUGUGUUGGGCAGAGUAUAGUAGAUCAAGUGGAAGCUUCAGUAGAAGAAGCUAUUGGCUCUGGAUCAUGGUUGGACAUCAUGACAUUGUUGCCAAGUUGUUUGUCUGUGGAAGAUGCUUCAAUCUUGCUUCAACAAGUGAUGAGAAAGUUAAACAAAAGUUCAUCCAGUCGGAUCUUUGGUGACACCAUCAUCAUCAGCGAAAAAUUUAUAAGUGAAUGUGCAGGACUUUUUAAUGACCUCAUGCAACACAAAGCUGAAAAGGAAAUGAAGCACAGCCCUGUGUUUUUGGUAACCGAAGCAGACCUCAAGCAAGCUUCCCUAUUAGAAAAUGCUAUCGUGGGUAAAAAAGACAAAAGGGAAGACAGGAGGAAGAAAGCUGCAGAGGGCAGUGGAAGCAUUAGAGGAGGUGGUUGUGGAAAUGCCAGGGAGGUCAAAAUAAAAAAGACCAAGAAGAAGUCCAGAAAGGAUGAAGACAGUGAUGAUGAGACUCAAACUACAAGUGCAAAUAAACCAAAGGACCGAGAGAUCCCAUUUCUGUCUUUAGAAGAAAUUCAAGAUGUCUUAAGAAAACAUGUUGCAGAUUCUCCCGACGAGCUGCUUGUUGAACUGUCUGAAAACCUAAUAAGACCCCUAACCAAAAGUUAUCAGGAGGUGGUACGUUCAGUAUUCAUGUCCUCAACUUCACAAGCAUCGGGGGCAAGCAGAAAGCAAACUAUGAAAGACUUUCAAGAAGAAGUUUCCAAUCUUUAUACCAAUAUUCGUUUGUUUGAAAAGGGAAUCAAGCUUUUUUCAGAUGACACUCAGAGUAACCUUGCCAAUUAUCUGCUGAAGACAGUGUGCACUGAUAUUACCAAUCUCAUCUUCAAUUUCCUGGCCGGUGAUGUAAUGAUGGCAGUGGAAGUUUACACCACCAUUACCAGUGAGGUUAGAAAGAAAAUGUUAAAUAAAUUCCAGGAGGAAGCCAAGGGCCCUUUGACAAAACUUAACAGCUCCUUGUCUGGAAAAAAUAUAGAAGAAUUUCUGUCUUUUCUGGACUCGGCAGCAGAUGCAUGCGGCAUCCUAAUGAAGAAAGGAGAUAAGAAGAAAGAAAGGCAAGUUUUGUUCCAGCACAGGCUCGCUCUUAUAGAGCAACUCAAAGUCACAGAAGACUCCGCCUUGGUCCUGCAUCUGACAUCUGUCUUGCUGUUUCAAUUCACAACACACUGUAUGCUUCAUGCACCAGGAAGAUGUGUCCCACAGAUUAUUGCUUUCCUGAAAGCCAAGAUCCCUGAGGAUCAGUAUAGUAUUUUGGUUACCUACCAAAGCCUUGUAGUGAAACAACUUAUAGGUCAGACAAAGCACAAGGAGGAUGAAGAUGUUGACAUGAUGGGAGACCCAGCAGAAGUACCUGAGAAGACAUCAGAGGACGUUCGAAAGGAACUUCAUGAACUGUCCACCAAGAUCAAAGAUCUUGUUCUGCGUCCCAGAAAGGCCUCUGCAUCGGAAGAGUAA